AUAAAGCUACCUGGUAGACCACAUCUUGUCAGUAGUCGUCUCGACUUCGAGUUCAAAGUAACAGGUUUCAGAGUAAACACAUACAAAGCAUCCAACACCAUGAAGGUUCUCAUCCUGACCUCUUGUCUGAUUCUGAGCACCUAUGCCCGACCCCAAUACGGUGGCGCACCGCAAAAGCAAAAAUGCCGACUAGUUCCCACCGUUGAAUACAUCGAGGAAUUCAACGAUAUCUGCGAGACCAAAUAUGAGCAAGUCUGCGACACCAAAUACAAAAAGGAAUGUUCCCCUUACGAGGAUGAAGUGUGUAAGCCGUAUCAAAGGAGGCAAUGUGACAAUAAGAGGCGCCAGAAAUGUGCCCAAGCCUAUAAAGACGUGCCUUACUCAGAGGAAGUGUGCGAGACCUAUUAUGAAAAGGAAUGUGAGAAGACCUGGGAGGAAAACUACGGCUCCAAGGUUUGGGUGGACGAUCUGACCAAAUGCCAGGAUGUGCCCAAGCAAAAGUGCGAGCAGGUCCAAAAGCUCAGACAAGCGCCCUACGAGAAAUGCGAUUGGGAGGACUACGAGGACUGCUACAAUGUCCCCGAUGAGAAGUGCGAGUACGUGACCAAGGAGAAAUGCGACCAAGUUCCUUAUGAGGAUUGCCAGGAUCAACCUCGACAGGAGUGCCGCAAGGAACACCGCAAGAUCCCCAAGCAGGUCCAGAAGAAGGUUUGCGAUGGAGAUGAAUUUGACGAUGUCCGUGGUCAAAACCAACAAGCCGGCAAUGGGGGCUAUGAUGCUCAAACAGUCAGCGAUGCCUUUAGUGGUGCCUUUGCCAGCCAAGCUGACAAAGAUUUGGCUCACAAGGAUGUGGUGGUCGAUAUCCGAACGGGAGGAACGGAUGACUCUGACAAACCGACAGAGGAGGAUAACUCUGAUAAGAUCAUUUUUGGGUGAAAUAAGAAAUACCCUCCUUUUAUUCAUAAAACUCAAUUGUUGAUACAACUAUUCGAUACUGUGAUUCCUUUUUUAGGAAAGAGAUAAAAUUGUUACAUGUGUGAAUAAAUUUCAACCUCCAAA